AUGUCCAGCCAGACCCGGAUUAACGAACUCCAAGCAUCGCGCUUCCCACCAGAACAUCUUCGAACGCCCGGCCCGCCAUUGCCCACGCAAAGAACCCUCUUCGGCGAGAAUCCCUACGCCACCAACCGUCAUGAUCGGCACAGCGGGCCAUCUUGCGCAAACACCAUCUCCUACUCCUUGGAAAACGCCGAAUGGAACGGCCACGAGUAUGAAAUACGGCGGAUGCAGAGCCAGCUCCAGAACAUGAACUCCCGAAUCCACCAAGCGACAAGCUCUGCUCCGGAAAUCGAUCAAGUGCUUCGAGAGGCACAGAACACCCCCUUCACCGACAGGAUCGGCCACGCUCCGGUCCACCACCCGGGAAAGCUGAAGAUACCCCCCUACGAAGGAAACACCGAUCCAAGACAGUAUCUGACGGCUUUCUGCAUCGCGAUGGGCCGAACCCAUUUUUCCGAAGAGGAAAGAGACGCUGGUUUCUGCCAACUCUUCGUCGAGAAUCUCUCGGGAUCGGCCUUAACUUGGUUCUCGAGGUUAGAAAGCCGAUCGAUCGACAGCUAUCACCAACUCACCACCGCUUUCUUGAAGCAGUACUCUAUGUACAUCCGAAGAGGAGCUCCUGCGCCGACCUGUGGGCACUCAGCCAAGGGCCAAAGGACUCCCUGCGAAAAUUCAUCGACAAGUUCAAAGGCGUAG